GUAUGGAAGCACCUUAAAGAACAAAAAAUUGGGAUCUGAAGAGAAGUCUUCACAUUCGUGUUUUAAAUAAUCAAGUGAUUAUUUAAUUAAAGAUUAAAUUUUGUUAUAAAUUAUAAACAGUAGUUCUAAAUUGUUCAAUUUUUUUUCAAAAUGUUGCAAGCAGCCAGACAUGUUAUUCGAAAAGUAUCUCAAAAUGGAGUUCGCUAUUCAUCUCAUGGAAAAAUAGAUCCUAGACGACCUCAUAUGAAUGAGCUUCCAAUUCCUCAAGGAUGCUGGCAACAAAAUUAUAAUGAAAAACAAAAAACAUAUAAUAUGCAAUUAGUAGCAGGCCUAGCAGUUUUGUCUGCUACUAUUGGAUAUAUAGUACAAUCAGAUCAAUUUUUCUUCAAUGCAUUUCCACCAAAACUACCAAAAGAAUAAAUGGAGGAUUACAAUUUUUUCUUUUUUUCACAGUAAUAAUAGUUGUGUACUUUCUAUAUAAAUAUAAUGAAAAUAAUGUUCUACAAUUGUUGUCAAUAAAUUAAAAUUACUAGAUUA